AUGGCGAUGCACGUUACAUCAUUUUCUUCUCCGGUGAGCGGUGAUGGCUGCUGCCCUACUCUUCUUGUUGGUGGUGACAGAGAGUUUGAUGUCACUGGAUUUGAAAAGUUUUCAAAAUUCACAGAGUUUGCUAAAGUUGGACCUUCUUAUCUUGUUGUCGCCAUUAUCGGCCCACAAAGUAGUGGAAAGAGCACACUACUAAACCAUUUAUUUCACACCGACUUUAAAGAAAUGGACGCUUUUAGAGGACGGCAAGUACUGUCUCAAACAACAAAAGGUAUUUGGGUGGCAAAAUGUCCCACCAUUCAACCUUUUACUCUUGUUAUGGACAUGGAGGGUACAGAUGGGAAAGAACGAGGAGAGGAUACAGCAUUCGAGAAGCAGACUACUCUUUUUGCCCUUGCUGUUGCAGAUGUAGUGCUCAUUAACAUAUGGUGCCAUGACAUUGGUCGUGAGCACGCUUCAAAUAAGCCUCUCCUAAACACCGUGUUCCAGGUGAUGAUGCGAUUGUUUGGUCCUCGUCAGACAACCCUGAUCUUUGUCAUCCGUGAUAAGACAAAGACGCCUCUGGAGAAUUUAGAAAGCGAACUUCGGAACGACAUUCAGAAGAUAUGGGAGUCUGCUCCUAAGCCUGAAGCCCACAAGGAAACUCCAUUGAGUGAAUUUUUCAAUGUUGAGGUUGUUGCGCUUUCAAAUUAUGAAGACAAAGAAGACACAUUUAAAGAGGAGGUUGCUUGCAUGAGGCAGAAAUUCUUCCAUCAUAAUAAACUUGCUGGAGAUCGACAGGCGGUAGUUCCUGCUUCAGGAUUUUCUUUGAGUUUACGGGAAAUUUGGGAAAAAAUAAAAAAACACAGAGAUCUUGAUAUUCCUUCCAUCAAGGUCAUGGUGGCUACUGUACGUUGUGAAGAGAUUGCCAACGAGAAGUAUUCUGCUUUUGCAGCAAAUGAGGGAUGGAUUCAGUUGAAAGUGAUCUCAGUUCAUACUGGCUUUGGAAAAAAGCUGAGUUCAAUGAUUGAUACUUGUAUAUCGGAGUAUGAUGAAGAGGCUACAUAUUAUGAUGAAUGUGUCAAAUCCGUGAAGCGCAAGCAGCUUGAAGAAAAAUUGCUGCAAGUCCUCAUGACCGUAUCAGCUCUGUUACCACUUAUUGGAGGAUUUAGCUUUAUGCACAUGCACUCUAAAUAUGAAGGGCUUGUUCAACCUGCAUUCCAAGAUCUGCUGGAACUUAAAAGAUCUGAUACUCUGGAUAAGUUCAAGGAAGCAUUUGAUAAGACCUUGGACGGUGUCAAGGAAUUUUCUGUGACUGCUCGUAAUUUCACCGAGUCUUUUAUGGCUCAAUUUGACAAAGGGUGUGCAGGUAUGUUUUGA